CUUAAAAACACAAGACAAAAAAAAUUAAAAAUUGUUUUUGUUGCAAUUGUUAACAAUUGAGUUCAAUUUAUGGCUGUCCUUGACAAUCGAUUAGAAAUUAAGUCAAAGUCAAUUGUUGAUUAAACUGUAUUCGAUGUGUACUACAUAAACAAAUUGAUUUGUGACGCGCACGCUCAUAAUUUGUUUGUGCGCCUAACAAUAAACAUCAAGUAUUCGCAAAUAAUGGCAAAACUAUUUCUACUAUUAAUAUUAUUACCUAUAAAUGAAUGUUUUUGUCUUGUUGGGUUAAUUCCGCGUGUUUUGGAGGACCUCUCAACGCAUAAGGACCUCAAACAAUUCUCGCAACUCCUGAGAGACAAUGAAAACGCCCGUAGAAUUUUGCGUCAUCGCGAAUUGACGAUUCUGGCGCCUACAGACGAAGCUUUCGAUGAAUUUCGAGGUCGUUUGGAUGAAAACCUUCUACUUUAUCACCUCCUACCGAUUGCAUUAGCUAUCGAAGGAUUAGAAGGGCACGCUGAGCAAAAACAACCAAUGCAAAGCGUACAAGUACAAUUACCAAAUCUAUGGUUAAGUAUGGAGGAUAAUUUAUAUAUAAACGACGCCAUGUUGUUGAAAAAUGAUAGUAAUCAUCAAAGCAGGAGCAGGGAGGAUGAUUACGGGAAAUUACAGAUUGUACACAAAAUCAACAAAGUUCUAUCGCCGAUGAUAGUCCCAAUGGCAUUAUCAACAUCCCCCACAGCAUACGAUUUCCUAGCACAGACAUCAACGUGGCCCUUGGUAUCAUACACCCUCAACAACUACUACAAACGCGUAAUUAUGACAUCUUCAGUGCCUCUAUACAAAGAGCCAGUCGAAGGACACACAUUUCUCAUUCCUGCCGACGAAUUCCGAACAAGUCUAGAAGACACAGACAUAACCCAAGAAGCAAUCAAAUGUUCCAUCAUUCCAUCAGUGAUUUUCAUACAUCCCACACUCAGAAACACUUCUUUUCAUACAUUAUCCCGAGACUGCGAGAUUACAUUCCAAGAUAAGCAGAUAGAAAGUCAUGAUACUCUAAAUCAUCACUUAAAAACAAUAAAACUCCUACAGGCCAACAUCCCGUUAAAAAAUGGCGUCGCGCAUAUAGUUGAACACAUGCCAGGCGUAUGGCAAACAAGAAUGGCGCCUAUAUUUCCACAAAGAACACUUUGGGAUCACAUAAACAACGAUUACUUUCUACAAACACAAACAAUGUUGUUACAAAAUAUAACGAAUGUGGAAAUACAGAAUUUACGCAAUGAUAAUCCGAAAAAUUAUACAAUAUUCGUGGUAAAUGAUCAAAACUGGCAAAAAUUCAUGGAACAAACCGGACAAUCAUUUAAAUACUUGAUGGGUAUGAAAAACUUUGAAAAAUUUAUAAUGAGACAUGUUACAGAAGAGAUUUAUGACACUCAGAGAUUAGUAGAUGUUACAACAAGUUUAAGAGGUGAUACUGUUACAUUGGGGUUAGGAAUUGAGAAAAUCAUUGCCAAAUUUACAAAUAGUGAUGACGGUGUUAGAAUUUUAUGGGGAACAAAACUUAUUAACAUUUUAAAGAGGAAUAUUAAAUGUACAAACGGGAUUAUUCAUGUUAUAGACGCACCUUUCAUUUUUACCAAUGAAAUCAAAGAUGAAGGCUUCAAUAUUUUGCAUUUAUGGAAAACCAUUACCAAAAUAAUGUAUAGGUAAUUAUUUUUGCCCCUUGUAUUCAAAAUAUACAACCCUAAUUCUAAUACUCACAUCAUUGGGUUUAUAAGUUGUAAACAGGUAACAAUAUAACAAUUGUUCGGCAUCAUCUCUUAGAAGAUAUAAAAAUGUGCAUGGAUCUGAAUCGGCUUGUGAAAAACGUGUCAUCAUGCUUAAUUUGUGCGAAAAUUGCACUUCGAAGUCCUGAUUGUAAGCCUGAAGGCAGCCAUCUUCGACGCCGAGACUCAACUGUAAUAAUAAAAACAAAACAUAUUAAAUUCUGUCAAUUAUAUGUCAUCAUAUACAAAA